CGACAACGAGAGUUAGCUCCCUUUGUAAACACGCUCUGUCAUGAUGUGUUGAUUGUUGAUACUUCGUCUUGCAGAACAGAAGAGAUCGUAGUUAGUCCACAAUGAAAUAGACAGAAGAACUACAAAUUACUAUUAUGUCUACCCUGGAGCAAGAGUUGCACAAUGCAGUGAGGGGUGGUCAACUGCCCCAGAUUCAAUCUUUGCUCAAGAAAGGAGCCAAAAUUGAUGGCAUCUACUAUGGAUGGACGCCACUACAGCAAGCCAUUGAUGUUGGAAAUGAAGAUGUGGCGAUAUUUCUAAUAGGGGAAGGCUGUGACAUCAAUUACCAUGACAACAACCAUCUGGCACCGUUUGAGAAUGCUGUCAGAAAGAACCUGGCCAAAGUGUGUGAAGUAUUCCUGAAGAAGGGCAUCGAUGGUAACCUUGCGUUGUCGGAUGGGGAGACCCCGCUGAAUGUUGCUGUUGAGAAAGGCAGCACCAAGCUGGUCAGUGUGCUGGUCAAUGAAGGGAAAGUUGACCUGAGCUGUAAAAGCAAGCGAGGACAGUCGCCACUGUACGUGGCGUGCUCCGAGGGCCUGACUAAGAUUGCCUCCAUGCUGGUGACCUCAGGGGCAGAUGUCAACUUUGUCUGUGACGAUGAUGGGCAGACUUCACUCAUUGCUGCAGCUAGCAGCGAACACCUGGAUGUCGUCAAGCUUCUCUUAAAAUACAACGCAGACGUGAACCUCCAGGACACAGAUGGGUGGACGGCGCUGUGGCAUGCUUACACCAACAGCAGCGAGGACAUCAUCGAGCUGUUGCUGAAGGCGGGGGCAGACAGAAACAUCCCCAACAGCGACGGCCUCACCAUCAUGGAGGACGCCAGGGAGAAUGAGGAUGACGAGAUGCUGAUCUUGUUCCAGAAGUAUCUCACAUGACACUCGUCCAGAGCUUCACAAUCUCAAAACACAAUGAAAGUCCACUUUUUGUGUCAUGACAAGCUUUUCACAUUUCAAUUUCAAUUAUAGGUUCGGGUGUUUGUUAGUUUAACCCAUGCUCAAAAACCGGCAUUUGUCUCACUCAUCACUUCACAUUUAGCCAUGGGUAAUCUUCAAUCAAUAUGGUAUCAUACUUCGCUCUUAUGAUUAUCAACCAAUCAAAACAUGUGACACAAAGAUGUGGCACUGAUUGGAAAGGGAGGUAACUCCAGUGUGCACAGACUGUUGCACUGAUAGGGAAGGGAAGUAACUCCAGUGUGCAGAGAUACCUAAAGAGAAGGUGAAAAAGUUUGGUUGAGAGAAAUUAAAUAUAUAGGCUCCAGAGCUCCAGAUAUGCUUCUUAUUUGCAUAAAAUAUGAAAAUAUUAUUAGCAUUACCCAAUUAAUUGUAAAUGAGUUGCCAUCACAUACUAUGAAAUGACAUAUAACAAUCUUAGUGCUAAGAUCACUUUUUGGAACAGUGUCCUGGCCUUCUGCAAUCUCAUUAAAGUCAGACCUUAGUUCUUGCUACUGCUAAACAAAGAUCUGAGGACAUCCCAUUACGGGUCACGUCAGACCGACCUUGCACGAACUUUGACUUUCUCGUGCUUUACGGCA